CUGGCCGGGUCUGGGCGCGCAAGCCAUGGGCCCCGGGUCCCUCCGCGCAGCCCGUGCCCAGCGCCCUGCGCUCUGCGCCCUGGCCGUCCUGCUGGUGGCCGCCGGCGGCCGCGUCGCCUCCGCCUUCAACCUGGACACCCGAUUCCUGGUGGUGAAGGAGGCCUGGAACCCCGGCAGCCUCUUUGGCUACUCGGUCGCCCUCCAUCGGCAGACGGAGCGGCAGCAGCGCUACCUGCUCCUAGCUGGUGCCCCCCGUGAUUUCGCCAUGCCUGACGGCUACACCAACCGCACUGGAGCUGUGUACUUGUGUCCCCUCACUGGCCAGAAGAAUGACUGCGAGAGGAUGGACAUCACAGAAAAAAGUGACCCGAGCCACCAUAUUAUAGAAGACAUGUGGCUGGGGGUGACUGUGGCCAGCCAGGGUCCUGCGGGCAGAGUCCUGGUCUGUGCUCACCGAUACACCAAAGUGCUGUGGUCAGGGGAGGAGGACCAGCGGCGCAUGGUAGGCAAGUGCUACGUGCGGGGCAAUGACCUGCAACUGGACUCCUACGACGAGUGGCAGACCUACCACAACGAGAUGUGUGACAGCAACAACAACUACCUGCAGACGGGCAUGUGCCAGUUGGGAGUCAGCGGCGGCUUCACCCACAACACUGUGUUCUUCGGCGCGCCUGGGGCCUAUAACUGGAAAGGAAAUAGCUAUAUGAUUCAGCGAAAGGACUGGGAUCUUUUCGAAUACAGUUUCAAGGACCCAGAGCAAACAGGAAACCGCUAUAUUGGGUACUCAAUACAGGUGGGCAGCGCCAUUCUGCACCCCACAGACAUCACUAUUGUGACUGGCGCACCACGGCAUGAACAUGUGGGCGCCGUCCUCUUGCUGAGCCAGGAGUCUGGUGGAGACCUACGGAGGAAGAAGAUGCUGGAGGGCACGCAGGUGGGCGCCUAUUUUGGCAGCUCCCUUGCCCUGGCAGACCUGAACAAUGAUGGAUGGCAGGACCUCCUGGUGGGUGCCCCCUAUUACUUCGAGAGGAAGGAGGAGUGGGGGGGUGCCGUCUAUAUCUUCAUGAACGAGGCAGGCAACUUCCAUCCCGAGCCCUCCCUCCUUCUCCAUGGGUCCAGUGGCUCCGCCUUUGGUUUCUCCUUGGCCAGCAUUGGUGACAUCAACCAGGAUGGAUUUCAGGACAUUGCUGUUGGAGCACCUUUCGAGGGCUUGGGCAAAGUGUACAUCUACCACAGCAGUUCCAGGGGGCUUCUUAAACAGCCCCAGCAGAUCAUUCAGGCGGAGCAGCUGGGAUUACCUGGCUUGGCCACCUUUGGCUAUUCCCUGAGUGGGCGGAUGGAUGUGGACGACAACUUCUAUCCUGACCUGCUAGUGGGAAGCCUGUCAGACCAAAUCGUGCUGUUGCGGGCACGGCCUGUCAUCAACAUCCUGCAUAGGACCUUGGUGGCCAGGCCAUCUGUGUUGGACCCUUCACUCUGCACAGACACUAGCUGCAUACAGGUGGAGCUGUGCUUUGCUUACAACCAGAGUGCUGGGAACCCCAACUACAGGCGAAAUAUCACCCUGGCCUACACGUUGGAGGCUGAUCGGGACCGCCGGCCACCCCGGCUUCGCUUUGCGGGCAGCCAAUCAGCUGUCCUCCACGGCUACUUCUCUAUGCCCGAGACACGCUGCCAGAGGCUAGAGCUGCUGCUGAUGGACAACAUUCGUGACAAGCUCCGCCCCAUCGUCAUCUCCAUGAACUACUCUUUACCUUUGCGAAUGCCUGAGCGCCCCCGACUGGGGCUGCGGUCCCUGGAUGCCUACCCGGUCCUCAACCAGGCACAGGGCCUGGAGAACCAAACCGAGAUCCAGUUCCAGAAGGAGUGUGGGCCUGACAACAAGUGUGAGAGCAACUUGCAGAUGCAGGCGGCCUUCAUGUCCGAACAGGGACAGCCCCUAAGCAGGCUCCAGUACAGUGGAGACAUUCGGAAAUUGCUCCUGAGCAUCAACGUGACCAAUGCCCCAAGUCCUGCGCGGGCUGGGGAAGAUGCUCACGAGGCAUUGCUCACUCUGGAGUUGCCUUCCGCCCUGCUGCUGUCUUCAGUGCGCCCCUCUGGGACCUGCCGGGCCAACGAGACCUUGGUUUGUGAACUGGGGAAUCCCUUCAAACGGAACCAGAGGUUGGAGCUGUCCAUCACCUUUGAAGUCAGUGGCUUGACGCUGCAGACCCGGGACCUGGAGGUGCAGCUGCAGCUCUCCACGUCCAGUCACCAAGAUGACCUGCAGCCCCGCACCCUGAAACUGCUAGUGGACUACACACUCCAGACCUCUCUCACCAUGGAGAGGUACCGGCUGCAAAGCUACUUUGGGGGGACGGUGAUGGGCGAAUCUGGCAUGAAAACAGUGGAGGAUGUGGGAAGCCCUCUCAAGUAUGAGUUCCGGGUAGGCCCAAUGGGAGAAGGGCUGGCCACCCUGGGAACCUUAGCCCUAGGGCUGGAGUGGCCCUAUGAAGUCAUCAAUGGCAAGUGGCUGCUGUACCCCACAGAGAUCACCAUCCGGGGCAAUGAGACCUGGUCUUGCCACCCCCCUGGGGACCUCGUCAACCCCCUCAACCUCUCGUUUCCUGCCCCUGGGGACAGGCCACAGUCUCCACAGCGAAGGCGGCGGCAACUGGACUCAGGGAAAGACCAGGGCCUCCUGCCUAUCACUCUGGCUGCAGUGAAAAAAGCCAAGUCUGCAACCAGUCUGACAUGCAACAGUGACAGCGCCCGCUGUGUGUGGCUCGAGUGCCCCAUUCCUGAUACCUCAAUGGCCACCUAUGUGACGGUGAAGGCACGCGUGUGGAACAGCACCUUCAUCGAGGAUUACAAAGGCUUUGACAGAGUCACAGUAACCAGCAAGGCCACACUGUUUCUUCGCACUAACAUCCCCACCAUCACCAUGGAAAACAAGACAGUGCAAUUCUCCGUGGACAUUGACUCUGAGCUGGCCGAGGAACUGCCCCCCGAAAUUGAGCUCUGGCUGAUACUUGUGGCCGUCAGCGUCGGGCUGCUGGUGCUUGGGUUGAUUAUCCUUUUGCUAUGGAAGUGCAACUUCUUUAAGCGGACUCUGUACUACCAGAUCAUGCCCAAGUACCACGCCGUGCGGAUCCGAGAGGAGGAGCGCUACCCGCCUCCAGGGGCCAAUCCGCCCACCAAGAAGCACUGGGUGACCAGCUGGCAGAGUCGGGACCCUUACUACUGAUGUCCUUCCUGGUCCCCUCCUGCCCCUAAUCCCAGGCCCCUUUCUUCUAUUUAUCAUCAAUGAUGCCCCUGACGGUGCACCUUUGGCUGGAGACGUGCCUCUUCAAGCACAUGCAGGUGCUAUCUGGCCACAGGCUUCUCCCCAGACCUUGCAAUGCCGGGUCCACCGUGCCCUGGACAUGUGGACCCCUCUGCUCAUGGACUGUGCUUGUGCACGCAGAUGGUACAGAGGCGCAUUUCACAGCCUCUGCCUGUGCCCAAAUCAACCAAAGGACCUACCCCCAGUGCCAGGAGGAAAGGACCGGAGCACGCAUUAACCCUCCCUUGUUCACACUGGACCCUCGAGCCACAGUCACUGGAUUGACUCUGCCCUCGAGCUGAAAACUACUGACAGGGAACAUGCCUUCCCCUCAUCACCCCAAUGCUCUCAGCUGCAGCUACCAACACCCAUGCCAGAGUGUUGGGGCCCUGCAGGACCUCAUAGGUUCAGACCUGUGUGCAGGAUGAACUAGAAAGUUCCCAGGAAGGUUUCCUUCCAAAGUGUGCUGCAAAGCCCCUCUCCUCAGCUAUAGCUGGAAGGAGCCAGGGGACCUGCUGCUGGGCACGCUGUGAGGGGGACAGAGGGUCCUCUGCAGAGAAGACUGAACCUGGACUGAAGAGAUGUGGCAAAGAGGGGAGACACCACUUCUAGCCCACCACUGCAUCUUUGGCCCCAAAAGGCCGGGAGAGAAAACUCUCCACUUCUCUACAAGAUCCCAGAGGGAGCGACGCUUGAAUGUAGCAACGGGGCAGGGGAACCCUAUUCCUGCCCCAUCCAGCCAGACACCCUCUGCGCCCCCUGACCAAGGGCUGGGAAUCUGGAAGGAUAUUUUGUGGCUGUCAUUAGCUUUCAGAGCCAACUUGGCUCUGCUUCCUCUCCCACGGACUGGAUCCCAAGGCCCUGUUGUAGAAGUUGAGGCUGGUUCCAGAAGACCAUUGCUGACCUCUGCUUGUCAGCAAACCCCUUUUCUGCCCAUCCCCUUCCACGGUACUGUAUGGGGAGCCCCCUCCCCUUCCUUGUGCCUUCUUUGUAUAUAGGCUUCUCACGGCACCAAUAAACAGAUCCCGUUUGUA